CGGCCGUUAUUACCAAUAGGCUUGGCUUGCUUAGAUAAAGUUGAAAGAAGCUUAACGUUAGACAAAGAAAGAAACUUAGAUACAUUGAAAUUUAACUAGUUCUACACAAGGCUAGGGUUAAACAGUUUAUAUUUACCACAUACCGUACAAAGAAACGGAUAAUUUGAGACAUGGAUUUACCUCUCCUGAUGUCUAGCUUGUCAUCGUUUGUCACAAGAAGUUUGUGCUAACUGGCUGCAGUGAUGGCUUCACUCUGGGCACAUAAUACAUGGGUAAAAUGGGUAAAAAGAAACAAAAGGAAGGCAGCCCCGAAGCUGAAGAAGAGUAUACAGUAGAAAAAGUUGUUGAUAAAAGAGUAGUACAAGGCCGUGUUGAGUAUUUUCUGAAAUGGAAAGGAUACCCAGAUUCUGAAAAUACGUGGGAACCUGAAGAACAUCUUGAUUGUCCAGACCUCAUAGCAGAAUAUGAGAAUUCAAGAAAAAAUACUGAUGCAGAACAGAGUGAUGGCAAAAAGAAAAAGAAUGAAAGUGACUCGGAUAAUUCAACCCAAAAAAAGAAAAGAAAGACUGAAGAUGAUAGUAAACCUAAAGGGUUUGACAGAGGCUUAGAGCCUGACCGGAUCAUUGGUGCUACUGAUUCAAGUGGAGAGCUUAUGUUUCUUAUCAAAUGGAAGGGCAGUGAUGAUGCUGACCUUGUACCAGCAAAACAAGCAAAUGUCAAAUGCCCUCAAGUUGUUAUUAAAUUCUAUGAAGAACGACUGACUUGGCACACAAGCACCAAUCACGAAGAAGAUGGAGAGAAAGUAACAAAACCAUCAUAAAUUCUUAGUUAUCUGUUUUCUGCAACACCAUUUAGUUAUUUUAUCUCAAAUGUAUUACUACAGGGUUUCAUUUAUGGCUUAAAUAAGGCCAUUUCACAUAAUCUGGGUUUGAAAAGUUCAUACAAAUUGUCACCUAUUUUUCUAAAAUUUCGUAGUGUUUUUGUUCUAAGAAAGGCAGCAUGAUUUCUAUUUAUGAAAGUACAUUUUGUACUUUUAGUUUUAUGUUUGAAAUAAUAACAGCUUAAUUUACACCUUUAGAACCACAUUUUUACACAGAAUAGCAUGACUCGUAUUUUAAGUUCCUCUAUGAUGAAACCCUGUACUGUUUUAGUUACAAAAGAAUGAGAGAUUUUUUUUUUUUUGCUGUACAUACAUCUGAUAACAUCAUACUGUUACUAAAGAGUGUUACACAGUAAUAAUGUAUUCAUACCACAAUAUUUGACAUUUUAUAGACAAAUUAAGUUUGAAAAUACCUUAAAAUUCUAGAAACAUUCAAGUUUUUAAAAAUUGGUUACAUAAAAGGGAAGAUAUUUCCAAAUUUAGUGGUAACAAAGUUUUUAUGAGCAACUGUUAUUAAGACCACUAGUAAUUUCAUAUUCUACCAUGACAUUACCUUUUUUUCUAGUUCAUUUUUAUAUCAAAAUUGGUUGUGUUUAGGAGUAUUGCACAAUUAUUUGAAGUGUUUAUCAAAACUUGUUUUAGAAUUUUUACAGAACAAAGUUUUAAGCUUUUCUGUAAUUGUCUCUAGUAAAUAAGGUUUCUCUUAUAGAAUACAUGUAUUCAAUUUGACAAAAAGUUAAAUCACCUUUUGAAGUAUAAAUGAAUGAGUGUUAACUUUUGCUUAAAAAUAUUCAAUGAAUUUUUCAUAAAAUAUUUUCACAAAAUUAAAGAAACAAAUUAGAUAACCAAGUUGUAUUUGUUUCUGAUUUUUCAUCAGAAAAGCUACUGAAGUGAAAGGAUGUACUUAUUGAUGGCUGAUUUAUUUUAGAAUCAUUAACAUAGUUGUGAAGAAAUAGUUUGGAGAAAAGUGAGAACUUCUUGUAAGUUUAAAAUUUUCUAGAAUAAAAAUAUUGAAUAUUCCAUAGUAAAUGUAAUAACAGAAUGUGACACUGCACUAGUCAGUGUAAAAUAAGCUUUGCAAAUAAUAGUUGUGUACUGUCUUAUUACAUUUUUGUUUUUUCUUAAAGAAAUAAAUAAAUUUAAUUGAAUUAACUAAAACUCUUAUAUUUCACCUUUAAGGGAUGUCAUGUAUUCUGUAUUAAUUCUGGGUAACCAUUUUAUCAGAAAGCUAUGAAAAAUAUUUUCUUACUUUUCUGGGAGAAUAUUUGAUUUCAGUAAUUAAUUCUAAGAAUUCCUCUGUAAAUGUAAUGUUAACAUUUCUCAUGUAUCAUCAUUGUAUCCGAAAAUAAAAUACUUUUUUUUAUUAUUUCA